ACUCCCUCGGCUGUGAGCGCCGGCGGUGGCUGCCGGAGAGGCCCCUCCUUCUCGCCCCGCUCCAUUCCCUCGCUCGCGGCCGAGCGGGCUCCCGACCCUCCGCUGGCCAUGGCCGGCAACGUGAAGAAGAGCUCGGGCGCCGGCGGCAGCGGCUCUGGGGGCUCCGGAGCGGGCGGCCUGAUCGGGCUCAUGAAGGACGCCUUCCAGCCGCACCACCACCACCACCACCACCUCAGCCCGCACCCUCCCUGCACGGUGGACAAGAAGAUGGUGGAGAAGUGCUGGAAGCUCAUGGACAAGGUGGUGCGGUUGUGUCAAAACCCAAAGCUGGCUCUCAAGAACAGCCCACCGUAUAUCUUAGACCUGCUGCCUGACACCUACCAGCACCUCCGCACUGUCCUGUCGAGAUAUGAGGGGAAGAUGGAGACGCUUGGAGAGAAUGAGUAUUUCAGGGUGUUCAUGGAGAAUUUGAUGAAGAAAACUAAGCAGACCAUCAGCCUCUUCAAGGAGGGAAAAGAAAGGAUGUAUGAGGAGAAUUCCCAGCCUAGGCGAAACCUAACCAAGUUAUCCCUGAUCUUCAGCCACAUGCUGGCAGAACUGAAAGGCAUCUUUCCAAGCGGACUCUUCCAAGGAGACACUUUUCGGAUCACUAAAGCAGACGCUGCAGAGUUCUGGAGAAAAGCUUUUGGGGAAAAGACGAUAGUCCCUUGGAAGAGCUUUCGACAGGCCCUGCAUGAAGUGCAUCCCAUCAGUUCUGGGCUGGAGGCCAUGGCUUUGAAGUCCACUAUUGAUCUGACCUGCAAUGAUUAUAUUUCUGUUUUUGAAUUUGAUAUUUUUACACGGCUGUUUCAGCCCUGGUCCUCUUUGCUCAGAAAUUGGAACAGCCUUGCUGUAACUCACCCUGGCUACAUGGCUUUCCUGACGUAUGAUGAAGUGAAAGCUCGGCUCCAGAAGUUCAUCCACAAACCCGGCAGUUACAUCUUUCGGCUGAGCUGUACUCGUUUGGGUCAGUGGGCUAUUGGGUACGUUACAGCUGAUGGGAACAUCCUGCAGACAAUCCCACACAAUAAACCGCUCUUCCAAGCACUGAUUGAUGGCUUCAGGGAAGGCUUCUAUUUGUUUCCUGAUGGAAGAAAUCAAAAUCCUGACCUGACAGGUUUAUGUGAACCAACCCCUCAAGAUCAUAUCAAAGUCACCCAGGAACAAUAUGAACUAUACUGUGAAAUGGGCUCCACAUUUCAACUAUGUAAGAUAUGUGCUGAGAAUGAUAAGGAUGUGAAGAUUGAGCCCUGUGGACACCUCAUGUGCACGUCCUGCCUCACAUCGUGGCAGGAAUCAGAAGGUCAAGGCUGUCCUUUUUGCCGAUGUGAAAUCAAAGGUACUGAGCCCAUCGUGGUGGAUCCAUUUGACCCCAGAGGCAGUGGCAGUCUAUUAAGGCAAGGAGCGGAAGGUGCUCCUUCCCCAAAUUAUGAUGAUGAUGAUGAUGAACGAGCUGAUGAUUCUCUCUUCAUGAUGAAGGAGUUGGCAGGUGCCAAGGUGGAAAGGCCUUCCUCUCCAUUCUCCAUGGCCCCACAAGCUUCCCUUCCUCCAGUGCCACCAAGACUUGACCUUCUACAGCAGCGAGCACCUGUUCCUGCCAGCACCUCUGUUCUGGGGACUGCUUCCAAGGCUUCUUCUAGCUCCCUUCAUAAGGACAAACCAUUGCCAAUACCUCCUACGCUUCGAGAUCUUCCUCCACCACCCCCUCCAGACCGGCCUUACUCUGUUGGAACAGAAACAAGGCCUCAGAGACGCCCCCUGCCUUGUACUCCAGGCGACUGUCCAUCUAGAGACAAACUGCCCCCUGUCCCCUCUAGCCGCCCAGGGGACUCAUGGUUGUCUCGGCCAAUCCCUAAAGUACCAGUAGCGACUCCAAACCCUGGUGAUCCUUGGAAUGGGAGAGAAUUGACCAAUCGGCACUCACUUCCAUUCUCAUUGCCCUCACAAAUGGAACCCAGAGCAGAUGUUCCAAGGCUUGGAAGCACAUUUAGUCUGGAUACCUCCACGACUAUGAAUAGCAGCCCAGUAGCAGGUCCAGAGAGUGAGCACCCAAAAAUCAAGCCUUCCUCAUCCGCCAAUGCCAUUUACUCUCUGGCUGCCAGGCCUCUUCCUGUGCCAAAACUGCCACCUGGGGAGCAAGGGGACAGUGAAGAAGACACGGAAUAUAUGACUCCCACGUCUAGGCCUGUAGGGGUUCAGAAGCCAGAGCCCAAACGGCCUGCAGAGACAGCGCAGAGUUCACGAGCCUGUGACUGUGACCAGCAGAUUGACAGCUGCACAUACGAAGCAAUGUAUAACAUUCAGUCCCAAGCACUCUCCGUAGCAGAGAACAGUGCCUGUGGAGAAGGGAAUUUGGCCACAGCCCACACCAGUACUGGCCCGGAGGAGUCAGAAAACGAGGAUGAUGGCUAUGAUGUACCGAAGCCUCCUGUGCCAGCUGUACUGGCCCGCCGGACCCUGUCUGACAUCUCCAAUGCCAGCUCCUCCUUUGGCUGGUUAUCUUUGGAUGGCGAACCCACAAACUUCAAUGAGGGUUCCCAAGUUCCUGAGCGGCCCCCCAAACCAUUCCCUCGGAGAAUCAACUCAGAACGAAAAGCAAGUAGCUAUCAACAAGGCGGAGGUGCCAUGGCUAACCCUGCAGCCGCCGCCCCCUCACCGCAGCUCUCAAGCGAGAUUGAACGCCUCAUGAGUCAGGGCUAUUCCUACCAGGACAUUCAGAAAGCGUUGGUCAUUGCCCACAACAACAUUGAGAUGGCCAAAAACAUCCUCCGGGAAUUCGUUUCUAUUUCUUCUCCUGCCCAUGUAGCCACCUAGCACAUCUCCGUGCCAUGGCUUCAGAGGACCCAUGAGCCAGGCUCUUACUCAAGGAGCACCUAGGAAAGCAGUGGCUUCUUUUGGGAUAUCACAGUGAGGUCUUGCCUUUUCUGUGGGGAUCGACACAUAUGGUUCCAAGAUUUCAAAGCAGUGGGAUGAAAAUGGAGCAGCUAAUGUGUUUCAUUCUUGUAUUGGUCUUAAGAGUGUGUUCGUAGUCCUGCAGUCUCCAUUAGGAGAGAGUGGGUUUUUAUUAAAUGGUAACCUACCCGAGGAGCAGCACAGAAAGCAGUAGAAAUGCUGUGCUGUAGCCCUAGUUAAAGACAUAAGAUUUUCCUGCUAAGGGUGUGUGUCUCUGUGUCUGUGUGUCCUGUCAUUAUAAGAUUAUCCUGCUGUGUGUGAAUCCAGGCAGGGAGUUAGCACAAGAGCUUCAGGAAGGAGACUCUGAAGACUCCCAUCUACUGUGGUAUUGCACCUAGCCCUGCUGGAUAUUACAACCUCAGUCCUUCCCGUUGGCUUAGAUUAUCAUGGCUAUGGUUUAUAUUGUUAGAAUACCCACUGUCCUUUCCCUUGGAAACUCCUUACUCCACCUCCUCCUCAUUGCUGUUCUGUAGGCUUGCUGUGACCAGUCUUACUGAAACCAAGCAGCGUAUAGGAUGGCCUUUCUACUGUGUGAUGGUGUUGGUUUGUUUGGUAGAAUAGGUGGGAAGGAAAGUACUGUUCUGUGGUUACAGUUAUAAUUGAUGCUAGCACCUAACACUGGUCACGCCAAAGUGCUGUUUCUAUAGGAAUAUUGAAUUUGUAUUAAAAAAAGAAAAGUAAGUUUUAAUUCUCGUAGUUACCUAGUGACUGGUUUGAGAUAGAGGCCUUCAUAUACAUUCCGUGUCCUCCCCAGGAAAUAGCCUGUGGAGUCUGUUGCCUUGAUGCCAGGUGUGUGUUUCUGAUGUAGGUCAUGAGUCUGUCUACCUAACAGGAACAGAACAUUUGUUUCCACAGUGGCUUUCCAGCCCAAAACCAUAGAGCUUUUAGGAAGCGUCCAUCAUAUACUAUUUAGAUUUACAAGAUAAACAGUAAGGACUUAUCUGUUUAGUCUCUCUUGCCAGUGGUUAACAUCAGCUUAGGGAUUUCCCCCUUGAAUAGGAGCCAGGUUAGCCUUUCAGAAAUGAUUUUUUUCUUUGCCCUCUAAGGAAUGGAGAUAACACCAGUGAGCGCACAGCAUUUACUGAUGGCUAGCACCUUCUCUAGACUAGUGCACCCAGCGACUUUACUGUUCACGUGCCUAGCUUGUGCUUUGGGUCCUAGAUAUAAUCACUGCGUUAUCCAUUCACAUUAUUUAGACAUCAUUCAUUGACAUUCUUUAAUCAAAGACAAUUGGGACGGAUGCCGUAGGUUCAGCAAGAUCUAGCGUUGUUUUGGAGACCUGUUUCUCAGUCCUUGGAGAGUGACCGCUUGGGUUCAUUUUGUUCUCUGACUGGAGUCUUUGCUGCCUUCUCUUGCAGCGUUGCCCUUUCUCAUCGGAGCUGGCUUUCACAUGAAUUCUGUCUGUUCUCUAGGUCCAGAAAAGAAAUGACCCACCAAAAAUCUUUCCAGUCUUAACAUCUUUACAACUCAAAUCUUUUGAACUUUUUUUUUUAGUUUCUAGAUGUUUCAAGGUCUAGAUUUUAUCCUCUUGCUGUAGUACUUUAUAUUGGCUUGGCUUGCUAUGGUUACCCAGUGUCUCUACAUAGCAAUGAGUAGAAAACAUAGCUUAUCAUCCACAAAAAGCUUGUGACAUCCAAUUUUGCAUUCAUUUGAGUAUUGAAAGUCUAAGCCAGGCUUGGCGGCAUCUCAGUACUUGGGGGAUGGUGGCAAGAUGAUCAGGAGUUCAGCACCAGCUCAAAGCUCCUCAAAACCGUGUCUCAAAAAUAACGGGUUUAAAGAGAUGACUCUUUGCCUAAGAGCAGCUGUUCUCACAGAGGACCUAGGUUUGGUUCCUAAGCACCCAUACAAAAACUUUCUCAGAUGUAUAAGCAACUCACAACAUAAGACUCUGAUGCCCUCUUCUGUCCUCUAUGGGCACCAGCCACAUGAUGUGCACAUAUACAUGCGCACAGAGCAUGAAAUAAGUACUUAUUAAGAAAUUAAAAAAUAAAAAUUAAAGGCCUUAAAAGAGAACUAGGGAAAAGCCACAGCCUCUAGUCUAUCUAUAUUGGAGUGUCUUCUUUCCUUGUAGAUAUUGCCCAGAAUCUGAAGAUCAAUCAAGAAAACAAAGCAUUUUCCUUUUUUUGAGUGUCCAAGUCUUCUAUGGAGGCUAAGGAUAUAGCUCAGUUGGUAGAGUGCUUGUCUAGCAUUCACAAAGCCAUGGCUCAGUCCCCACACUACACAGAACAGUGUGCUAAGGCACCUCUGAUCCUUAACACUCAAGAGGUGGAGACAGUAUCAGAAGCUCAAAGCCACUCUUGCCUACAUAGCAAGUUGAAAACUGGCCUGGGCUACAUGACACCCUGCCUCCAAAAGAAAACAAAAACCAAACCUGUGGGAUUGCUGCUCAUGCUGUCUAGGGAACCAGUUUUAUCCUCUGCUGAGCACUGUGUGAGCUCUGAAUGCGGCAUGGGUAGGGUAGGUGGGUAUUCAGUCCCUGUAGCAGACAGGCACAUCUUGAUUGACUUGGGUGUUGGUUUAUCAGAUGUUAUCUGCAGGCAUUAAGGUUUGAGGCCACUGCGUGUAAGCCUUUCCUUGGCUCCCAGGACACUGAACCCAUACCUGGUAUUAUUAGGUAUCCUUAGGAUGGUUUCUUACCACUCAUUUUGGAUAGUUUCCAAAAUUUGAAUUUCUUUUUCCAGUGAGGGCAAAUAUCCUAUUUAUCAUUUUCCAUUUGUAUGGCAAAUUUUAAUUCUUUAGCUCUCCCUCUGAGUUUACCUAAAACUGCUUUUUCAUAAACAAGCUUUAUUUUUGGCAAGCCCAUCCAUUUUCCCUGCUCUGUGUUACAAUUAGGUAAACCACUUUAACGGUUCUCCUUUUUCCUCAACUUCAUUAGCUUAUUUUAUUCAGCACAGGGCCUUGUUCUCCGUGUCUCUGUGGAUUGCUUUACGUGCCACCUUAUUGACGGGUCACUAUCUUGCCAAAACCCCAGGCAAAGCUUUUCUAGUCUAGUCCCAGAACUGGAUGUUCUAGCUGUCCUCCCCACUGUCCUUCCAAAGUGAAUAGUUUCUAACAUGGUUUUAAAAACCUGUGGGUUCUGAAGUAUACCUCUUUCUAGUUAACAGAAGGCAGCUCAUCAUCUCAGCUUUUGCAUGUUAAUAUUUAUUUAAGCAGCGAACUGACCUUGGCUGGCCAUUUUCCUUGUCCGUCUUUCUCCUCCCAGCCCUCCCACCAUACUCUGCCAUUUUGUCUUUCUCUUUUAAUUCUCAGACAUGCCUAUCACUGGACCACAAUGUGUGGUGGAAAUCCUGGCAUCGGUCAGCUGGUCUUUGGUCUUUUUUUUUUUUUUUUUAAUUCAGGAGGUAGUCUGAGAUGGAUAGAAGGCACUAUUCUUCAUAUUUAAAAUAUUUAUUUCCUCUGUAGGAAAGUAAGAUAUGUUUUAUGGUUCAAGUAACAAACCUACAAGUUAAUUUUUGUAACACAACUUGCUUACAGACCAAACCAGGGACCAGCUGUGUAUUCCUUUCAUGGCACCAUUAACAAGAUCUAGUCUUCUGUGAGAGUAGCUAGGACACUAAUGCUGGAUGUUCUCUUACCUCACAUCAUGAGAACCAGAGGGCUACUGGCCUUCUCAGACCUUCCUUUUUUUCUGUUGGCCUUUCUGAGUCUGGAACGAUCACUCCAUUGAAUAGAGUAUCCAACCAGUGUCCUGGCUACAAAUGUCUGAGUGAUUCCUGUGUGUUGGGAACGUCAGCCAUCUCAUCUUUCCUGCCACCAUGUGGCAGUUUGCUGGUGCUGGGAGGUUAAGCUUGGGCUACCCUUUCAACUCUUUCGCAUUUGACUGUGCAUGUGUUUAUUCACAGCUCUCUUAUGUAGACUUAUCUUCCUUACAGAACUGUUCCACUUAAAACUGGUCCAACACUUCCCCACUAGCCCCUGUUGUCUUCCUGUGGCUUUGAUAAUAUUUGGGAGAUUCUGUUGUGUAUACCUCAUUGAGUAUCCAUUUUUGCUACAAAAUUUAGUGCCAUCUCUUGAGUGGGUGUCGAGCCCACUGGCUGAGUUGCACAGUAGAGCACUAAAUAUUUAAGCUGAACUUGCUGUAGUCCCCUUUCCAGUCCAGUGCCUUUCUAUCUUUACUGAGCUGCUUCUGUCCCCAGUCCUUGUUGGGAAGAUUUUGUUUUACCUUUCUGGGACUGUCACCAUCUCCCAUACAGUUUGGAGUUUCUUUUUCUAUUAUUCAGCAAUCUGUUUUAGAAGGGGUGAAAGGGUUGGAAAGGGUAAAGACCUAAUUCUCAGUCUACUCUUGUAGGAACUGCUCAGGAACUGAGACUGGAUUCUGUCCAGAACAGCUUACUAGAAGUACCAGAGCCUCACUGUCAGUGAUAUCCUCUGGCACUUGAAGUUUCAAAAUACAACAGAAGUACUCUAACUUCACAGAGCAUCUGAAUGCAACUUUGACCUCAGCAUACACACACUUUUAUAUGUGACAAAAAAAGUUCCCUAGUCCUUGAGUUCAUGUGAUCUUAUGAUGAAUGCAGUUCUUUAGAAAAGCUCGAGAAUUUCUAGAAAGACGAGGAGAAAAGUUAACCCUGUUUAUUAAUUCCAUGGGCCAGACUGGACAUCAUGAGGGAGAUGGUCUUGACCUGUAUCCCCUGAGGCUAUCUGCACACCAACCUGGAAAUCAUGAAACGAGCCUGUCUUAUCAGCUCUUGGGAAGUAGAAGUAAGAGGAUUAUGAAUUUUAGGCCAGCCUUGGAUCCGUUACAAGCUGAAGACCAGACUGGAUUCUGUGAGUGUCUUGCCUGUCCCUGGAGAAUGUUUUCUCUUUUUGUUUCCAGCAGCAGGGGAAGCCACAGCACCAUCUGGCACGUGAGUGGAGGUGAUCUCGUCACGUGCAGAUCACUGAUGGAGUGGUUUCACUGCCAGUGGGACUCUUGGCUCUUCCACUGUAGUUUUCUUUAAGUCUGAUAGUUUGAAGGUGCAGUCUUUCAUGGUGGAGCAAUCUCAAGGCAGGAGCAUGAGGUAACUACUGGUCACAUUGCACCUGCAGUCAAGGGACAGAAGACAGUAAUGCACUCCACAAGAAUAGUGAUUUGAGGGCCAUUCCCCACUGAACCUUAUAGGAAGAACAGAGAAAUUAUGCUGAACUGGGAACUUAGAAGAGAUAUGCAAAAGAACUUCCACAAUAGAAAUACAGUUGCUGUUCUAGUCAUCCCUAUUUUUAAGUUAGAGUCACUAUCACCUUUGCUGCUGCUUUCCUUCUUAGGAGCCUUGGCACCCAAGGCCACUCUUCCUUGGGUGGCAUUUCUUGUCUCCAUUCAACCUUUUUGAUGUUACUUAGAGUGCAGAUCAUGGCUUCCACUGUAACUCCUUUUAGACUUGGCUGUCUUCUGGUUUUAGUGCUGAAUACAGGUUCAUUCUGUGGGCUCUUGAACUGUCUCCUGCAUCCCUAUCCUCUUUGUCUUCCUGUAGGAGAGCCUACAGUGAUGUUAGCUUUACUUUCCUAGGUGCCACUGGGACCUUUGCUAGAAUAGGGAUAUUUUCAGUGUCAAAUAGAGCUUGUUCUGUGUGCUUCUUAAAUAGGCAAGCUACCUGUAUCUUCCCUGUCUGGUUGCUUUUUCUCUAGUCCUGUAACAAGUAUGGUGGUUUUGGAAGCUUUUGUUUGUUUUGUUUUAAGUUGGGGAAGUAAAGCUAUGCUUCUGCUUGUCUGAAUCAUUGGAAUCCCAACUUAGAGCCUGUCCUGAGUUUUAAGGCAUAUCAAACAUACUACCCUGCUUUUAACUUCUAAAUAUUCAAGUCAUUUGGUAUACACAGAAGUAACCUACUAAUCCAAAGAUACACAUUGAGGCACAUAGGAAGGGCAAGAGCAGGUCAUCAGAUUCUGCAUUUGAUGUCUAGUUCAAACUCCUGAAUGAAGAAGCAGAGGGAUAGUAGUGCCAUGUGCCUUCGUAGUGUCCAGGAAAUCUGGGUUGGUUACAGGAGAAAGUACCAGUAUUUCUUGGUUCCAGUAAGUAGCACAAGAGUUGAGAUGGAGAACUAGGGACAGGGAGAGGCCUGCACAUUGUUUUGUGCCUGAUGAAGAGCACCAUGGGGAGGGCCAGCUGCUGACCAACAGCUGCUUGCAGAUCUUGCAGCCUCUUCCCUGUUUUAGUUCUUGAGAAAAAUGUGGCUGACCGACCACUCCUUGUGAUGUACAGAGCCCCGGCUAAGUGCCAGCCUCAGAUCUCCUACCGAUCUGGCAGCUGGACAAGUCAGCCAGAGUUCUGAUCACCUGGCCCUGCAUUCCUGUUUCAGUGCUACAACAGAAUGUGAGAGGCAAAUCUCCACAUUGCCUUGAUUUUCCUUUCCUCUAACCCAGAACAGAGGCCAGUGGAGAGGAUUGCCCAAUGCAUGCUGUGCACAACUCAUCAGACUCACACUGCCUCACCACAUACGCCCUGAAGUGGGGUGUGUGGACUGUGUUACUCCUCCCCACUACCUCUUACCCAGUAGUGGAGAGGGUGGCCUUGUUUUGGCUGUAUUUAAGUGGCAAGUGAAUCCGGGGCCCUGCACUCUCUCCCCUGCUUUCUGGGCUCAUGAGCCUGCCUUGCAGUGCAUGAGAGGAGCCACCUCCUGACCUCCUUAGUACCCUUCAGUGGGAAGUCUGACCUCUGCUGAAACAUGCUGAGCAUGGCAGCUGUGAGGAACCUCCUACAUCUGCUUUCUGGCUGUGCUGACUUGGGAUUUUUAACCUUAUAUAUCUUUUUCCUUUAUUCAAAACAAAACAAUUUUUAGCACACUGAAAAAAAAAAAAAGCCAAAUGUUUUGUGCCUUUCUAAGGCAGCGCUGUACCCCAGGCUGCAUCUUAGGACUUAAUAUGGAAAUACCAGAGUCUGAGCUCCUCUGCCUUGAAUAUCUUUAGCCCUGGAGUUUUGGGGACAAGGAUGAUUGGCUGGAAAGGUGGCACACUAGGUGCCUAGAGUCUCCUUUCUCUGCCACGAGGCUUCACUGCAAGAGAGCAGCAUUUCAUUCCGGCCUCCCGUGGUUGGUUCCAGGCAGCAGUUAGUGCUCAGGUGACUGCCCUGGGUGCCACACUCACCCACCUCCGAGAGCAGUGCCCUGCAGAGCAGAGCUGUAGGGUGGGCUCUUCUGGGAAGAGGAGAUGGUUCAUUUGUUGUCUUUUUGUUUUGCUGGAUCUUGAGCCAGCUUCAACCUCCUGCCUCUCCUUAGACUUGGCUGUCCUUUCAGUUGAAGGCUUCAACCAUAAAGCAUUAAGUGGCUGGUGCCCAUCACAGGGUCAGCUUGCACCCAGGGAGGGGCCACGGCACCCUGAGGCCUGUCAGUCAUACUGUCGUAGGUUUCAACCACAAGUUUUUACCCUCCCUUCUCCCUGGUUCUCCCCUGCCUGUGGCUAACAAAGAGUGGGGGUGGAAACAGUUCUUUUUAAGAUCUGCCUCAUUCGAGAUUUUUAAAUUCUUGAUUUGGGUGGGACAAGAGAGAACUUGAUAUUUUCCCCAGAAUAGAGUCCCAAUUUGUAUAUCAGUGUUAAGAAAACAAAACACACACUUAGGUGAGAUUCUCAUGGACUAUUUUUAAAUGUCAUUAAUAUAAGAAAAUUUCUAUUAGCAGUAUUUACACUCUCCUGUAGAAAGCAGGCAGAGGUAAAUGCUCCUGCAGAGUAGUGGAGCUUUAAGACUCGUUCUCUUCAGUCCAUGUUGUUUUGCCAGUGUACUGAUGUGUAGAGGUCUGUUAGACUAAUUAGAGGUCUGUUAUACUAAUGUUAUUUAUUAAUUUUUUUCAUUUCCAUACAGUUAACUAAAGAGCUUUUUCAAGCACCCAUGUCUGUAAAAAAAUAUUUUUAAAUAAAAUUUCUUUUGUUGUAGCACA